AACAAAAAAUUUAGAAAUGAAUGGUGGAAACAAAAAGAAGAUUUCUAUUGUGUUAAAAUCGACAUUACUCGGUAAUCGCUUGCAAAGUGAACAAUCUGUAAAGCAAGUAAAUGAAGAAAAGAUUUCAAUAAAUCGAAUUGAGAAAAUCAGCAAAAUCCAAAAUUCUGUAUCCUCCAACGAAGAUUUUCAAUUAACAAAAAGUGUUAAAAACACUAAUUUUAUUAAAAAUGACAAUCAAAUUGGUGACAAUAUUAAAUAUGAAGAAGAGUCUCAAUCAAAAUCUUCCCCUCGUUUUUUGCCUUUUGCCAUUUCUCGUCAACAAUUAACACCUUCAUCUUCAACUACUUUAAUUAGCAAAAGGUAUUUUUUCCUUUUUAAAAUUUUUCCAUAA